CGGGGGACCAGCCCCGUGUGUCACCUCCUUUACCCUGCAGAACCCCUGAUCUGUUUUGUCACCCUGUGCCCUCCACAGAGCUCCAGCCCCGUGUGUGAUCCCCUGCAUCCCUCGGGGCCUAGCUCUGUGUGUGUCACCCCUGUCACCUCCCCAGGGUCCCAGCCUCAUGGGCCACCCUGUCCCUGUGGGAGCUGGAUGCUGGCAGUGUGGGGCUGUAACACUGUCACAGCCCCCUCCUCCCUGCACACGAAACAGCUCCCAAAACGUGUCCCUGUCCACUCGCUGUCCCCUGAGCAGCGCUGUCUGUGUCACAGGGAUUGCGUGACAGCAGCACCGAUUCCAGGCCUGCAAGAGACAAGGCUCCCUGCUGCAGGAUCAUCACUUCCAGGGGAGGAAAUCGCCAGAUAACUCCAAGAGCUUUUGAAGAUGGCACCAUCUCUCCCAUUAAAUAUUAAUAUCAAGGAGCCUCGAUGGGAUCAAAGCACUUUUGCUGGACGAGCCAAUCACUUCUUCACUGUCACAGACCCCAGGAAUAUUUUGUUAUCCAAUGCCACACUGGAAAAGGCAAAAAAAAUUGUGCAUGAUUACAGACAAGGUAUUGUGGCACCUGGCUUGACAGAAGAUGAGCUGUGGAGAGCAAAAUACAUUUAUGAUUCAGCCUUUCACCCCGACACUGGGGAGAAGAUGUUCGUGAUCGGCCGAAUGUCUGCCCAGGUGCCCAUGAACAUGACUAUCACAGGCUGCAUGAUGACCUUCUACAGAACGACACCAGCUGUGCUUUUCUGGCAGUGGAUCAACCAGUCCUUCAAUGCUAUAGUGAACUACACCAACAGGAGUGGGGAUGCCCCCAUCUCUGUCAGCCAGCUGGGAACUGCCUAUGUUUCUGCCACCACAGGUGCUGUCGCUACAGCCUUAGGACUUAAUUCCCUAGCUAAGCGCGUCUCGCCUCUCGUAGGGAGGUUUGUUCCUUUUGCUGCUGUUGCUGCUGCCAACUGCAUCAAUAUUCCACUAAUGAGACAAAGGGAAAUCAAGUUUGGAAUUCCUGUCACGGAUGAGAAUGGAAAAAGAGUGGGUGAGUCAUCCAAAGCAGCUCAGCAGGCAAUUGCCCAGGUGGUGAUAUCCAGGAUCCUGAUGGCUGCUCCUGGCAUGGCAAUUCCUCCAUUCAUAAUGAAUACCCUGGAAAAGAAAGCCUUUUUAAAGAAAUUUCCUUGGAUGAACGCUCCCGUUCAGGUUGGAAUAGUUGGAUUCUGUCUCGUGUUUGCAACUCCCCUGUGUUGUGCACUGUUUCCUCAGAAAAGUUCCAUGGCGGUGUCACGCUUGGAGCCAGAUUUGCGAGCCAAGAUCCAAGCCAGCCACCGUGGCCUAGACCGUGUAUACUUCAAUAAAGGAUUAUAAUUCAAGGAAGGCAAAGUAUCUUUCAAGGAGGAACUUACGAACUUAUUUUUUUGAAUUGUGUGCCAACAUAGACAAGAACACCUUUAUCUUGUUCUUUUGUUAAACAGGUUGAUCAUCUGCGUUAUUUUACAGUUGAAGACUUUCCUCAGUAUAGUGUUUAAAUCACAUAAGGUCACUUUGUCCACUUUGGUAUUGUUUGAAAGUUUAAACAUACAUAUCCAGAGAUGUUUACAUAAGUCUCAAGCAGCUACAAUAACAAUAAAGAAGCGCACAAUGAAAACCAGA